UUAUGCAUCGCAUUAAAGCAACUGAACAUGUCGGAAUUCAUUUGACAUUGUUUUUGAUUGCUGAUGCAUUGAUUCAAUUAGAGCUUAAUUUGUGAUUUGCAUGAAUAAUGUAAGGCUAAUUUCCCAUUGUUCUGAUUGCAGAUGCAUUAAUUCGAUGUUCAUGGCGCAAUUGUUGGUUUCCACUUCUAAGCAAUUCAGACAUUGGGAAAAUGGAUUUGGGAGGACUAAAUUGUUUGAUCCUUUUUAUGCUGCUGCUCAAGUUUUGGGAAGUGGGAUUAAGCUAUUUCUUUUAUGCUGGUUGCAGCUCAUCUUUUUACCCAGUGGUUUUUAGAUGGUGAACCUUAUUAGCUAUCGGUCUAACACUUUUCAUACCAAUGGAGUUAUGAGCUUGCGAUGGGUGGAGGUGCAGGCUCUGCUGUGGCUGGUCCUGAAACUCAAAAAGUGUCUAUUUCUUUUUCUUGCUUGCUUCAGCAAGUUGUAGAGUAUCUGAAAAUUCCUCAGCCGGCUUACUACUUGGUUGAUGCGAGAAAGAAUGUUGUGAAGCAUGUCUUGGAGACUGACCCAGGUUUGGGCUUCUAUGUGUAUGAGGGUGGUCCAGCUAACACAGUAGCAGAAUCGCGUGAAAUAGCUGCUGAAAAAGGCGUUCGUUCACUUAGGAUGGAGUACAGCAUUCAGGUUGAAGACUUGACUUCUAAGAAAAUUAAGAAGCUCCAGUGUUGUGAAUUUCUUUAUCAGAUGAAACGCAUUGAGCUCGAGUCAAUGGAAAGGGAGGCAGGGAAAGUGCCAGUCAAGUGGCCAAAUGUGCCAAACCACAAGCACUGCAAGAAAUAUGUGUGCAUUGAUUACAUGGAUGUUAUGCGUAUUCUAACUGUGGAGACUAAAGCGCGUGUUUCGGCAGUUAACACUUUCAAGCUAGGACCAGAAAAUUUUAUUUCGUGGCUUACGAUUUACGCUCCUACAAUUUCUACUGGAAUGGAAUGCAUUUUUAGUGGUGCUCGUGCUGACUGCAAUGCUACCAAACAAGAGGCUGCUAAGAGGGCUGUAGAUUUUUUGCGCACUGCAUACAAUCUUGACAUAGUGGAUUUGAACUAUGGCAAUGGGAUUUAUGCUGGUAUUAAGUGUUCUUUGGCUAGGGAAAGAUACUUAGCAGCUAAAGAACGUGUAUUGGGGAUUCAAGGUGCUUUGCACUUAGCUCCUUUUUUAGGUGAAGAUGGCUGCAUAACACCUAAGUCUGUUGUGCAUAGGAUUCCAGCACCUGCUCUUCCUCCACCUCCACCUCACAAACCAAAAGCUAGGCCAUCUUUUGGUGACCGCUUCAGUCAGAAGCCAUUUGCAGUGCCUCCUGAGUUGGACAACUUAUUUAAGCGGAGGAAGUUUGAUUAGGGAUCAGAGUUGAGUCACAUAAGACCUUGUUUUGCUGGCUUACAUGUUUUGUUCCGUGUGUUCGUGUAGGCCCUUAGAUAUGGCAUACUCCCUCCGUCCUGGUUUAGUUGCAACGGUUUGACUGGCGCUGGAUUUUAUGCAAAGUAAUUGACUUGUUUAUUAUAAUGUAUGUAAGUUGGUAGUGGGCAUUUUUUUAUUAUAGCUAGUGGAAGUGGGCCAUAGAAUUUUUUUGUGGU